GUCCGUGCUCAUUCAGAUUCUUCGUUCAUCUCAAUGGUGGCACGCCGAGGCUUCUUUUGUUUCACUUGCUACAUAUAUUAGUCAUAUUCCAUUUAUGAGCUGUUUCUCUUUCACGGGUAGCUUAGGAUUGUCCUAAGUCUUCAUCGAUUUCAAAUUAAUUCAAUCUGCAUAACAUUGUAUAAACAUUCGAAAUGCGUUCAUAUGUUUUGUAAUUUGCCCAAAGAGUUAAUGUUUCUUACCCUUUCAGGUUUCUUAUUAUAAUAUUCAUUUGAUUUUGAUGACUUUAAUCUUUGUUUCUCUAGCUGCUUGAUUCUGUUCAUGCCGCUGUUUCAAACUCUUAACUCCUUUAUUUCAUAUUAUUGAGUACCUAUCUUGAUAUGCUAUGGAUUUUUUUUUCUUCAUUUGACAAGCUACAAAGUCCAUUUGAGUUCAUACAAAUGAAGGAGUUGGUAUGGCUGUCCUAAAUCUUCACAUUCCAAAGAAGUUUCUGCUUUCCUAACCUCAUUUAGGAAUUCGAGAUGCUGCUGCUUAUGGACUAUGUUUUGUCAUUUGUUUGUAGAGUUGGUGUUAGUGUUGUUUGACUCUCGAAGGAGGAGGGUGUUCAUUUAGGUUUCAGAACAAGGACACAGUAUGUUCGGAACAGCAAUUAGGUACUUUGCCAAGAAAGCAAAGCCAAAGAUGCGACCAGUAUCUCUCAAAACGCCGCCCGAGCAGAGGCAGGCCAUCACUAGGACUCUCUUUGAUAUUGUGAAUGAGCAUGGACCCCUCACCAUUGGAGAGACAUGGCAACGUGUCCAGGAUGUUGGAUUAAAAGAUUUGGCAAGCAAGACUCAAAUGAAAUUAGUUCUGAGAUGGAUGAAAGAGAGGCAGAAGCUACGUCUGAUAUGCAACCAUGUAGGGGCUCACAAGCAGUUUCUGUAUACCACUUGGUUCUCAAAGGACAACAUAACUCAAGCAACAGCAAAAAAUCUUCCUUCAAAGCACAAGUCUUCUUGAAAGUUGAAAGCUUUUUAUGAGUAGUAGCCAGGAGGAUGUGAUGGGAUAGCUACUUAGAGUUAUGGGAAUAAUGUGUUAGGCCAUAUAUAGCUUUGGCUCCAUAACUAGAAGAUCUGUUUUGUUGAGUUAGAGUUUUUGUUAUUAGUCUGUCUUGCUUCAGUUAUUCAUGUUGGUUUUUGAAAUCAAAACCAUUCUUUUCAUCGCAA